CUUGUCUCUCUCUCUCUCAUCUCGAGCGUGUGACAAGUGUCGAAACUGGACAGCGCGCACAGCACAUCCGGGUGGGCGAUGAACGGUUACGGCUCCCCGUACUUGUACGUAGGCGCGCCCGUGUCGCAGCCGCCGCGGGCGCCCCUCCAGCGGACCCCCAAAUGCGCGCGAUGCCGGAACCACGGCGUGCUGUCGUGGCUGAAGGGCCACAAGAGGUACUGCCGCUUCAAGGACUGCGCCUGCGACAAGUGCAUCCUCAUCAUCGAGAGGCAGCGCGUCAUGGCCGCGCAGGUGGCGCUGCGCCGGCAGCAGGCCAACGAGAGCCUGGACAGCCUCAUCCCGGAGGCCCUCAGGGUCGUGCCGGCCGAGGGGGCCGCGGCGGCGGCUGCGGCUGCCACGGCAACCGGCGGCGAGUCCGACGCCAGCUGGCGGAGCGCGGAGGAAAGACGCGAAGCUCCAGAGGAUGGGAGUGGGGACGUGUCUGGGCCCGAGACCGGGGGCAGUCCCGGAGAGCGAGACCAAGAUCAAGUGAGCUCCCCGGAAGGUUCCAAACCAAACUCGUGCUACACGCCGGAGCCCCCAGACGGCCACCCGGGAGAGAAAGAAGCCAAAGCUACCGAGAGUCCCCAGAAGAGCCCUGCCAGUCCAGGGGGCCGGGCGGUGCUGAUCGAGGGUCUGGCCGGCUCAGUCAACCUUCCCUUCGGCCUCAGAGCCAACCGUCCCCCACUGGAGGUCCUCAAGAAGAUUUUUCCGAGCCACAAGGCACCCGUUUUGGAGCUCAUCCUCCGAGGCUGCGGGGGCGACCUGGUAGGGGCCAUCGAGGUGCUGUUGUCCAGCCGGGGCUCGGACGGAGGCGGGCAGCCGCACCCAGAAUCGCACCCAGACCCUCUGGUGCUUCCGCCGGGGGGGCAUCCUUUCGAGCACAGCCUGGGCUCCUACCACCCGGUGACGUCCUCGGCCAAGUGGUCGGUGGGCUCCGCCUUCAGGGUGCCGGACUCGCUGCGCUUCACGUCUGAGUCGCCCUCAGUGGGGGCCCUGGGCGUCCCCCUUCAGCACCCGCGCUACCCGCUAGUUCUGCGCAACUCCCUGACCCGGGGCCCAGGCGGAGCCCUGGUGCCCAACGAUGUGACCCUGUGGAACACGGUGGCCCUGCAGCAGCAAUAUCAGCUACGCUCAGCCGCCGCCGCCGCCCAAUACGUGUCGCCCUUCGGCCCGGCCGGAGCUCCCGGGGGCUCCGUCUUCCGGGGGGCCUCACUCCUACAUCAGCACCACUCCAGAGUCACAGAAGAGUCCCGCGGCGGCAUCCAGGACGGGGAGGGCUGCGGGCCAGGGGCCAAAGGGGGCCUAUACUCACCCGACGAGGACUACGAGGAACGCUCGGAUUCGUCCGACUCCCGCAUAAUGAACUCGUCCAGCUAGACCGCUUUUUGUUUGUUAUGACCAGACCCAUACCAACAAUGACGUGAGCGCUACUCGUGAAUGUACGCACAUUUACGUCUAUUUCCUGCAUGAUGUCAUGUUUGUGAGCAUGUGUUCAGUGUGACUAAUAA